AUGACAGCCACAACCCAUGAAAUGCCCAGCAUCGAGUCCAUCGAUGCUUUCGCACGACAACUGUAUCGACACGUCCGUGAUGCUGGCCCCGAUUUCGUCGACCUGGCUAUAGCCGUCCGCAAUUUGCGUACUGCGCUUCAGCACCUGGUUUCUGAGGCACACGAUCGAGACUCGCCCCUCCACCAGUGUGACCCUGCCGACGUCGGGACCAAGAAUUCGGUUUAUACUCGGCAGUUGAGGUCGCUCGUCGAGGACAGUGACUUCGCUCUCAAGAAGGCCAGCACCAUUCUCGAGAGGUACGGGGCUAGCAACUUCGAUCUUGAGUCAGGCGUUGCGAGAAGGGACUCGGAUCUGGCAGAGAGGGCUCGCAAGAUUGAUCUCACCCGGGCCGAUAUGAUUUCCCAGACCCUGAAGAUCGAUAUCUUCCUCGACACCAUCCAAUUGCACAACACCGCCCAGACACAGCGCGUGCUCAACAACAUCGACGCUCAACAGAUGGACAUGAUCAAAGACAAGGUUGAUACCAUUGCCAGACGCUUGUAUCGUGAAAGGAAGGACCAGUCACCGCUAGAGGUGGACGAAGACGAACUAUGGCGGAGCUUCAAGUCCGAGUUGGAGCAGGAGGGCUUCGCGCCUGAGGUGCUGCGCAGAAACAAGGAGGUCCUACGUGCAUACAUUCGUGAGCUUGAGUCUCACCAACCCCUCGGUGGCGGGACACCGCCCUCAGUCCGGGGGCUGCUGGAGUGGGAUGCCCGACCGCCAAUGCCUGUUGCAUCUGGGUCGUACCCAAUCCACGAUAGGGGAUCGCGGCCUAAUUCGGCCACCGGCCCUCUCAGCAACGAAUGUCGGAGGCGGGUGCCCACGCCAGAAAAGCGUGAUGUCCUGCCGCUCUUCCCCCGGCCUCGCUCCCCGGACGCUCUCAGGCUUCCGCCCCAGUUGAGUUUCGAGCAGGAAACCUCGUCAGAUUCAUCUAGUGCUGAAGCAAGCUCUUCAUCCCACACGGCGCUCAUUUCGACGAAAGACCUCAUGAUUCUUGAUCGUUAUUCAGCUGAGAGAGUUACCGCUCUGUCUGGCACCUCGCUUUUGUUGCCCAUCCGGCCCGCUUUUCACGUCAUCUCCCCCGGCACAUCACCAAAUACCAGAUAUCUACCACCAGGAACCCAGCCAAUCUCUAUCCCUUCGCACGACGCUCAACCGCCCGGGCUCGCAUACCCGGGCGCUCUUUCUCCAGGCUUAUCACCACCCAAUUAUGGCACCAGCUUGGCCAUCUCCUCCUCGGAUACUGGUUGGGAUCUCGCAACGCUGCCAGCCUCGGCCCCCGCAGCCGGCAAUGACAUGCCCAAGUACCCGUCUUUGCCGCGACAGCCCAGCCACUUGGCGCCCGACAGCAAGGGACAAACCAUUCCUCUAGACGCCACGUGGACAAAGAUCGACCGCAAGCUGGUGUCUCCCGAAGUGCUGGAGAAGGCUGGUGUACGCUACGAAGCUCGGCCCAAUUUCGUUGCCGUGCUUGGCGUCUUGACACGCGAGAAAAUCGAGGAGUACGCGAUGAGGAGUUUGGAAGUGCGCAACGCGAGAAACCUGUCUCCAACGGCGAGAGGGGCCGGGGGCCGCGACAGAACCGAACGGAACCGACCUCGUCAGGAAACAUACGCUGAUCGAUAUAGACAGAGACGACCGCGGGACUCGGCAAGAGACGACGGCUCAGAAACCACCGUCGAUCCGAGCGAUAGCGAAUCAUCCCGUGAUGUGGACGACGCCAGCCGAAAAGCAGGACACAGCACCAAUCGUCACCGUUACACACCAGAGGACCGCAGCUCGAACCGGAGUAGCAAGCACCCGGACAGCGAGGAUGACGAGAGAGGGACCCAGGGCCGUCCCGUCAUUGUCUCCCCGCCAGGGAGCGUCAACGGAGAGAGUCUCUCCCCUUCCAGCACGGUGGCGCCCAAGCCGAUCCUCAAAAACAAGAACCCGAACCAUGUGCGCUUCGACCGAAGCGGACCGAGGGAGAUCUCUCCUCCCGGGCACCACCCGGAUAGGGCCCGGCGGGACCCUCGAGACCCUCGAGAGCAGGACAGGCGUCGUGAGCACAGGGACCGCGAGCGGGAUUGGCCAAAGGAGCGAGACAGGGACAACAAAACGAGGCGGGACAGGUCCAAAGAGAGAUCCAGAAACCGAUCGAGGGUCAGGGACGGGGAUCGCGAGAGGACGACCAAGGACAGGGAUGAGGAUUGCGAGAGAGACCGGGACCGGGAUCGGAUUCGGGAUCCGGACCAUCGCGUUUCCUCGAAGCGACACCCUGACCGUGACCGGGAUCGGCACCGGGAGAGAGAAAGGGACAGGGAGAGGGAUCGAGACAAGGAUCGCGACCGUGACCCGCGAGGCCGCGCCGAAGAAGGACGACAGCCCAGGAGAAGUGCCCUGAAGGAGGCCGCUGGUGCCAUUGGCGUUAGCGGUGCUGCAGCGACACUGCUGAGCGUCCUUACAGGGGCUGCGGCUCACCUCUGA